GAGCGGCUCGAUUGGGCAUUCAAUUAGUGUUCUUCUGUUGAACAGAGAGUGCCGGGCGGUUGUGUUAUGUUUUAAAAGUGCCUUUUUUUACCAAGGUUUUAUUUUGAAAGUGCUUUCUUUAAAAAUAUUUGUUUCUUCAAUUAUUAUAAUUCAGUGUUGUUUUCUUUAAAAAUCAAAGAAAAAGAGAGUAGGUUCCUGUAUGUAAAUAAGGUUUUAAACGAAUUCCAUCAUAUUACUUAUUAUAUUGAAUAACAGACACGCACGACUGACUUUAGCAGGCUUUUUAUAAACACAUGUGCGAAAAAGAACGCCGAAAACCAAUCUAAAACACCAAAUACGACAAAAAGUGCUUGUGAAGAUUUAGAAUUGUAAUUUUAUAGAUCAUUGUGAUAUAAUAAACCGAUAUAUUAAAAAUAAACGUUGACAAAAAGUGAAAUAAACAUUUAUAAAAAAGUGUUCGCUCGCACAAGAGACUUGUGACAAGGCUGAACAUUGCAUUUUUUGCCUUAUAGAUUAAUAAAAGCGGCUUCUUAAAGACUGAUAAAACUAUCAAACGCAAAUAUUACAAGGAUUAGGAAGAUUACUAGCGUUUUAUCUAUCGUAUCGUUUGUUAUAAAGACUGAUAAUCUAAGUUGUAAGAGGUUAGAAACAUGACCGCUCACGAUAUGGUUAGAAAUCCGAGUGAGGAACCGAAGAUUAUCAUUCCGGGGAGUGUUAUGGACAGUCCGAAUGUCAUCGAAGAUGAUUCAAAAGUGCCAUUAAUAGUAUUGAAGUACAGAUGGGUGAUUUUAUUACUUUUCGUGAUGUUUUCUGCGUCGAAUGCGAUGCAAUGGACACAGUAUACGAUUAUCAGUGAUGUGGUAUCGGAUUAUUAUGGUGUUCCGUCUACGUUGGUGUCUUGGACGUCCAUUAUAUAUAUGGUGACAUAUAUACCUUUGAUAUUUCCUGCUAGCUGGCUUUUGGAUAAAACGGGUCUCCGUGUGACAACCAUCAUCGGAUCCUUCGGAACAUGUCUGGGCGCAUGGCUGAAGGUGUUCUCCGUUCCUCAGGACAUGUUCUGGCUUGGCUUCAUGGGACAGACUAUUGUGGCUAUCUCUCAGGUGUUCAUCCUGAACGUACCCCCUCGGUUGGCAGCCGUGUGGUUCGGAGCCGACCAGGUGUCGCUAGCGUGCAGCAUUGGAGUCUUUGGAAACCAGCUCGGCGUGGCGCUUGGCUUCGUGCUGCCGCCGAUGUUCGUGAAAGCUGGUGGCACCAUCGAGCAAAUCGCUGCCGACUUCCAGUUCAUGUUCUACCUGGUCGCUGGCGUCACCAGUGUACUCUUCGUCUUCAUCUUGUUGUUCUUCAAACGAGCCCCCGCCACGCCCCCCUCCGCCGCCGCCGACCUCGGUGCCAGUCUGGACUCGAACUUCCUACACUCCGUCAAGAAACUCUUCACCAACCGCAACUAUAACUUGCUGCUCAUCUCCUAUGGACUCAAUGUUGGCGUGUUCUAUGCUAUAUCGACACUGUUGAAUGAAGUUGUGCUCAAAUUCUUCCCUGGUGCCAACGAAGACGUCGGCCGCAUCGGUCUCAUGAUCGUAGUCGCCGGUAUGCUUGGCUCCGUCAUCUGCGGAUUUAUCCUGGACAAGACGCACAAGUUCAAGGAGACAACCCUGGCUUUAUAUGCGGCGUCUGUCGUCGGAAUGAUCAUAUUUACAUUCACGCUUGACAGUGGCGAAAUUGCUGUUGUGUACUUCAGCGCUAUCAUACUUGGAUUCUUCAUGAACGGGUAUCUGCCGGUCGGGUUCGAGUUUGCCUCCGAAAUCACGUAUCCUGAGCCUGAAGGGACCACGUCUGGGAUUCUCAAUGCUGCUGUUCAGUUAUUCGGCAUCGUCCUGACCCUCCUCUACGAAUGGAUGCUGAAAGUGACCGAUACACGCUGGUCCAACCUCACUCUCUGCGGACUUCUAGCCCUAGGCACAGCCAUCACUGCAGCCAUCAGCUCCGACCUGCGGCGGCAGGCUGCUGAACAGAAAAAGUAGACCUUUUGUGUGAUAGUAGGAUUCAAUUUUAUCUAAGUUAAGCCCCGUAUUACGUUGUCGAAUCAACCUGUUGCUGAGUUUCUGGCGACAUCUUGCAGGCAACACUGUAAACACUGCUUGUAGCAGAGUUGCUGACUGCGUGUUGCUAUAAGUGAUCGAUGGCAUCAGUUGAGCAGCUCAUUUUUCGUUCUGCAACUUUUCUAAACUGAUUAACGAAUAUUUUGUUGCUUUUUUUUGCUUUUGGCAAAUAAUUGUAAUAAUCUGCUUACGUAAUAUUUGAAUGGUCCCGAAUUAAAAAAAAACGUCUGUUAUUGUAUACAAACGAUUGUGUAUUUUCCUGAUAAAAAUCUGCUUAUAGGCCUUUAGCAAACUUCGGACCUAACAAUUUCUUUUAUAUCGAAAUCAAGAGUUUAAUGAUAUUAAACUCAUAUAAUUCACAGUGUUUUACUUACAAAUUUUAGUAGGAAUUUGCACUUGUUGAAUCAAGCAAAAAUGUAUCUUAUGCAUUUACAAAUGAAGGUAUUUAGACUUAGCAUUUUCAAACGAAGAUAGCCUAUAGAUUGUAUAAAUUAAAUCAGCUAUGUUUUAUAAUAGUAAUUACGAAUUUAGGUACCGUUUAUGUUCAGGAAAGUAUACAAAAAUAAAUAUAUAUAUUUAUAUAAUAUAUAUCUAUAUUUUAAUAUGAAUAGAUCCUAUACCUAUUCAUUAAUAAUGUCAAAAAUGUCAGUACAUUUGGUAGAGGGUAAUUAUGAAUAAUGGGUUAUUCCGUUAAUAAUUAUGUUAACUUCCAUUUUGUAUUUUUUUUUCGUGAUAUUCACAAUUUUGAUUACAUUUGCCCACUUUUUAUAAAAAAUGGUUUUAGUGUUACGUAAAGAUC